AAGAAGUAAAUAGCUACUAAGUUACGAUCAUCCGAUUCUUCUUUGUAACUUUUUUGGUAUUCAUCAAACAGCUACGCAAGAGAGAAGAAUGUACGAUUUUAGCUUUCUUUACCGGAAGAACCGUUCCCGGUUAGAUGAGUUUGAUGAGAGCCAAUUAGUAGUUGAUGAAGAAAAGAAGAGAUUUUCUGUUUGUAGCUACUUGAAAUGGGUUUUUGUAGCGGCAAUCAGUGUGCUGUUAGCUUUAACAUUGGCUAUAAGUUACUUGCGAGAGAAGGUGAUUUGGGGAAACUGUUUGUGGAAGUGGGAAUUGUCUGUGUUGCUGGUGACAGGUUCAAGGCUUGCUUGUGGAACCAUGGUUAGAGUGAUCGUGUGCCAUUUGCACAUCCGAUUUCGCUCUUGUAACCGUUUUCUCUAUGUUGUGUAUAAGAUACAACACAUGGUCAGAAGAAGUCUGGUAGCAUGGCUAGUCGUAACUGCUUGGUGGAUUGUGUUCGGACAUCUAGAGGUCAUUUUGCGGAAUCAGGUGCUGAUAGCCAUUGACAAGUUUCUCAUCAGCUGUGCGAUUUUUUUGUCUUUAUGGGCUAUGAAAUCUGUUUCGGUAAUGUCAUUGGCGGCAUGGUUUCAUAUGAGUGCAUACCAUGAGAAGAUUUUGGAGAGUCUUUUCUAUGGGUAUGUGCUGGAGGUUCUGUCAGGUCUCCCAGUGGUUCAUCUGAGUUCCUACUACACAGCUCUGGGUCUACAUGGUUUACAGAAGUUUAAUCCACAUGGAAAACCAUCAUGGUUAUUGAAGAAGAUGAUGAUGGGAAAAAGGAAUUGUCUAGCGACUAGAAUACAAACUGAAUCAGAUGCGAGAAGUGAAGCAGUAAAAAUAUUCCAGAACGUGGCAGAUCCAUCAUCAAAGUUUAUUGGGUUGGAAGAUCUCAAGCCAUUCCUUCCUAACUAUGAGGCUUUGAAGUUUUUGAAACUCUUCCGGAGAACAUAUGAGGAUGAUGAGAACAUCCAAAUCAGUUUGUUAUCCCUGCAGGAAUGGAUGGUGCACUCUUUCAAACGACAUAGAAACCUUAUCUUGUCGCUGAGAGACAUGGACGCAGCAUCCAACAAAAUUGACAUCAUUUUCAGCAUUGCCUUUGCGAUGGUGCUUGCUGCUCUUGCGAUCCCACUGCUACGAUGGGGCGGAGUCAAAUUUCUGAUGGCCUUAAGCGUUAGUAGCUUUGUCGUCACUUACUUUGCUGGACAGGUUUUUAAGGAGACAUAUUUCUCCCUGCAACUCUUGUACAUCAGACAUCCAUUUGACGUUGGCGACGAAGUUGAGAUCGACGAAGUUGAAAUGUUUGUGGAAAAACUUACGGUGAAUGCGACACAUUUCAUUGGAAGAAGAAACAAAAAGAAGUCUUCAAUGGCCAACUAUAAAGUAAAUGAGCAGUUGGUGAUCAACAACAACCGCAGUGAAGUCCCAGAUUGGAGUAUGGACGACAUUGUUUGAGUAAGAAGGAGGGAGAACUUGGUUUGUGACUCCAAUAUGUAUUUUGCUGUUGCUUUUGCUUUUGUUUUGAUCAUUACAGUCGGAUCAUUUAUGAACUUGGUUUGUGAC